UCCGACUCUGUGUCAGUAGGUCGCGUAGAAGAAGAACGGGGCUGCACAUGCGUGCUGGUUCGUUUCGCGAGCAGGCAGCCUCCGUGCCGCCUCCGGAACCGAGGUAUGGCGAGCACGGGGAGAUACAGGCUGACGUUAUCGGUGUCUAAACAGAGGCGGAAGAUAAAUAGGUGAGAGGCGGCCGCGAAACAGUGAAAAUAACGGGGCAAAACACCGCGGGCACCGACCAGACGCGAUACGACCGCGCAGAUACGGAGAUACCGCUCAGACGCAGGAAGCGGACGGGGUGAGAGGAUGCCUCGCGUCUCCAGAAAAAUCCGAUAAGGGUGAAAGGAACGGGGUGGCGUUGUGUCGCGAGUGAAACACCUCGGAAAAAGCAGUGCUGGCCGAGUGAACGCUCGUCGAACCCAGUGUUCGCGAUGCUAACUCGCUAAAUUGCCAACCUUCGGGGUAGACCUUUUCGGGGAUGAAAAGGAUGCGCCUAGCGCGCCUCGCGCGCCACCGGUGAGGACGAAUGUAGCCCGAGAGAGAGAGCCCGAAAGGAGGUUAGCAGGGAGACCGCGAGCAGCGGGCCGAGGGGAAACGGCCGAACGAAGAGGGUGGAGGGAGGGUGAGCGGCGCGCAGCAUCCGAACCGUCGGGACAUAUCCUCGACAACCACGUCGACGUUGGAUAGUGCUCGUGAACGAACCUGUCCGAUCGGUGGUGAAAGAGUGCUGGCCCUUUUGAUGGGUGUCGGUGACGAGGGUGCACGGGGCGAGAGCCAUUGACUCCUGGUGAAGUUGCCCCUUUAACGAUGUCCGCAGAUCCCGCCUCGGCCGCUGCCCGCUGCCCGUAUCGAGCACAUCCCCGUUUCCUCCUCUUCCUCGUCUACGGAGAACGUCCUUCGCACGGGACUCGCGCACAUGUCUCCUCUUUUUCUCUUCUGACUCGAGACCAACGAUCUUUUGCUUUCUCGAUGCUCUGAAACUUUACGAGAUUCAACAGUUUCACGGUGCUCUUCUCCUUCUCGAAGUCGCCUUUUCAUUUCCCUUUUGAACCGUCGAGAAUGCGUGCGAUUUCGUCGGAUAAGAUCGACGAUCUCAAGCAGAACCCUCGAUUCGUAUUUGGUGAUUUUAUGGUUGCCGAUUCGGCGAGUCGUUUACUCUUUCUCUGGAAAUCGUCUUUGCGAUCGAACAAGUUGGGCAGCAUUUUAUUCACGAAUGAAGCACGAUGACACAGGAAACUUCAUCGAUUUUCUUUUCUUUUCUUUUGUUUCGUUUCGUUUUUUCCGACGACAAUAAGCUUCGACCGCGCGGGGUAGCGAAAUCGGAGCACUUUUCCAAAAAUACACGUUACAUCUUGAGAAAAGAACGGAAUUUCAUAAAUGUUUAUAUUACCGCGCACGAUACGAACGAACGAUAAAAUACCGAUUUCAUUGAGAACGUUUAAUACGUGGCUUUUAAGAGAAUCAUUGAAGACGAAUCGAAGGAUUAAACACAGUUCGAUGUGGUAAAUGAAAAAAAUUCCUUACUCGGUUUCGUUAACGAUUCCUCGAUCGACUUAAUUACGUUCGACUUAAAACGUUGACAUUUCGCUAAAUAUUUCAUACUCCGUGUGAAGUAUAUAAAUAUGAAUAUCAAAAGAUACGAAUAAGAGACUACUCUUUAGGACGCCCGCAGAUGUAGUUUACCCUUUACGUCGCGUUUCUACAUACAUGAAUGAUUCAUCCCAUCGAAUAACCUCGCGUCUCGUUGCGCGGUUGAUGAAAGGGUUCGAGUCAGAGACGGACUAUUGGGCGAUGUAUGCAUAAUAAAGGUCAAGGACGAAAAUCGGGUCGGUUCUGGUUACAGUUUCUGGCGGCUCGAUGACGAGGUGCAAGAACCCAACGAGAUGACGUCCUCUUUUAUCCGCUGACGUAAUUUCCGAGGAUGGUGAACAGGAUGAGGCUGCAGCAGAUCAUCCUACUGCUGCAGACGAUCUACCUGGUUACCUGGGCCAGUUACGAGAACACAGGGGUGUCCGAUAGGUUGGAAAAUGUAACACAGACUAUAUCGCGAAUUCUCGAUGGAUACGACAUUCGAUUGAGACCAAAUUUCGGUGGGGAACCCCUGCUGGUGGGAAUGGACCUCACGAUCGCUAGUUUCGACGCCAUCUCGGAAGUAAACAUGGACUACACGAUAACGAUGUACCUAAAUCAGUACUGGAAGGACGAACGGUUAGCGUUCUCCCAGGAAGAAGAGGUCCUCACUCUCAGCGGAGACUUCGCCGAGAAGAUUUGGGUUCCGGACACGUUUUUCGCCAACGAUAAAAACAGUUUCUUGCACGACGUGACCGAGCGUAAUAAACUCGUCCGAUUGUCCGGAGACGGAUCUGUCACUUAUGGCAUGAGAUUUACGACGACCCUGGCCUGCAUGAUGGAUCUGCACUACUAUCCGCUCGAUUCGCAGAACUGCACCGUAGAGAUCGAGAGCUACGGAUACACGGUGUUGGACGUAGUGAUGUACUGGAAGGAGACUCCGGUCCGCGGAGUCGAAGAAGCGGAACUGCCACAAUUCACGAUAAUCGGAUACGAAACGAACGAUCGCAAAGAGAGACUGGCCACCGGUAUAUAUCAAAGACUUUCGUUGAGCUUCAAACUUCAGAGGAACAUCGGCUACUUCAUUUUCCAGACGUACUUGCCCAGCAUUUUGAUCGUGAUGUUGAGUUGGGUCAGUUUCUGGAUCAACCACGAAGCAACCAGCGCCAGAGUAGCUCUCGGUAUAACAACUGUCCUGACGAUGACCACAAUCUCGACAGGCGUGCGUAGCUCACUGCCGCGUAUCAGCUACGUAAAGGCUAUCGACAUAUAUUUAGUAAUGUGCUUCGUUUUCGUAUUCGCGGCUCUAUUGGAGUACGCCGCUGUAAAUUAUACGUACUGGGGCGCGAGAGCCAAGAAGAAGACGAAAAAGAAAGAAUCCGACGAGAAGAAAGUGAUUUCCUCCAAAGCAGGAAGCAAAGCGAGCUCUCCGUUUGCUGGUUCCACGGAAGCGGAUAUAAUAGAGCUUCAGGAUCUCCGAAUGUCUCCUCUGCCGAGCAUAAGGAAUAGAUCAGGCCUAAUCAGCGGCGGUUCGACUCCCGGAACAGGAAGAGAACACGAUCCGGCCAAGUUUCCUCCUAGCUUUCGCAUUUCCAGAGUCGCAGCCUACAAUACGCACGGAAGGAACAUCGGUCUUAGAUACAGGGGGCCUAAACAUCAUAAACCAAAGGUGUUGCACGCGAUACGAAGGGGAGCGUCCGUGUUGCGAGUGUCCAUGCCUAAGAUCAAGGACGUGAAUAUCAUCGACAAAUACUCGAGGAUCAUAUUCCCGGUCAGUUUUAUGCUGUUCAAUAUAAUCUACUGGGUAUUCUACUUUCUCUGAGGACAGUCAUCGCGGUGUCCCCCUCGCAGUCAGCCGACCGACGAAAGAUUAAAUGGACCAAUUGAGAAAUCGAGGAUUUACACGGCUGUCGGCGACACCACGACGCGCCGAAUCUCCUUCGCCCCGGAGUUGAUUAUCGACCGAAGGGAGCAGGUAUCGAAAGUACUGAAUCGAAAGCUGCCAAAUAUUUAUUCACGAGGAGAUAUUUUCGAGAGUACAUCGGUAUAAUCUCGCGAUGUAACAAUAUUUUCAAAGAUACGUUCCUAAUCGAUGGCUCGCCAAUUCGAAUGAUCGAUCAACCGCGCACCGGUAUACGCUUCGAAUUAUCGAGAAAGCUUCGACACCACAGGAACCCUCGGGAACCCUCGGGAACCGGCAGGAAUUUGUCCGACUGUGAUUCGUUCACCGUGCGCGUCCAUUCUCCUACACGUUGCAAACAAACUUUUCUUCUCCUCUUUUAACGAGUAAUAUAUGUAUAUUUACGUAUCAUAGUUGUAUACGAUAUCGAUUAGCACGAGUCUGCCACUCGGUGCUCCAUUGUUUUCAACGCUGGAACUACCGAGCAGUUCGAUGUACUUUCAAACAUGUUUUUAUAGACACGAUAGACCCCAGUGCGUUUAUUAAGAUAUCGAUCGACUCGUACUUUCAUUUAUAUUACCGAAUCGACUACUCUUCUCGACCGAUUAUCGAAAAAGCAUUCGUAUGCUUCGAGGAGGAACGGGUCGUUUCGAUCCAUCUGGUAGUUCUAGUGAACUCGACUCUCCUUUCCGAAAGAACAAACCGUCGGAGAAGAAAUUUCGCUAUAAAAUGUGAGAAACAUUCGUUUCGUUCAACGUUUUCACCGAAGAGAAUCCUGUGACAGUUAUUUAUACAGCUUGAAUUCAGAAUGGGCGUGUAUCGAGCCUAUCGAGCGAGUCCUGAACGGUUGAAAAAGAAUCUUCUUGCUUGAACGAGAACCAAUCGUAGAUGAAUCCAACAGGAAAUUUCUUCGACCGAACGUAUAAUCGAUCUGUCAAAGAGAAACAGCGAUUCUUCCGAAAUGAAUUUUCCUUUUCCGAGAAUAGAAAUCAGUGACAUCGAACACUUGUCGUCGGCGACAGUUUUUCGUCGCUUCCGACCGUACGGAAGUUACUAAACAGGAAAACCAACAUUCGACGAGAGCAUUGAAAUUUUAGAAACAUGUAUCACAGCUAGAGUAGUUUUCGAUUAUAAAUUCUAACUACCAUUACCGUCAUAGCUAACGAAAUACUGUUACCGUUGCAUUUCAACGUCGAUUAUCCUUGCGAAACGCGUCCCAAAUUCGCCUUUCCUUUCUCUCGAAGCUGUUCUUCCCUUCAGAAGGUUUUACUUUCGAUGUUAUACGACAGUUGUCGCCUGUCAGAACUCGGAAUUUCUAUCCUUUUCGAAAUCAACAUCAAUUGGCAGAUUUCAUUCGAUUACUUCCGUUUAAAGCUGAUUAAAUCGCGUAUGUUUCUUUGUCCCGUUUCGGGCACAAGUUCUGACGGGUCGUAUGUACUUAUCGUUUGACAAAGUCGCGAACGAUUUUCAUUUCAGUUCGAAGAUUUUGUAUCGCAUCGGGCGUAGAACCCAGAGAGCAAAAGAAAUUUUUUACAAAAUCUUGUAUAUAGACAGGUGGUCGUCGAUCGUUCCUUUAAACAGCGUCGACAGGUUUAGCGUCUAAACGAAAAGAUCUGUCUCGAUUCCCCGAUCGUUCGCGAAACGGAGCCGCAGUUACGUUUCGUUCGUGCGACGUUUAUUGAAAAGAAAUCGAUUCGAUGGAAACCAUACCACGCGCCAUGUACUACUAGUGAUAUUUUCGAAAUAUAAAAUAAGAUAGAUAUCGUAGCGAUGAAAGGAAGGAAGAGAACAGAAUGAAGCAGUAUUUUCGGUAUCGUUAGACCAAGCUUAACGGCGGACGAGCUGCGAGGUAGAUUUAACCUUUGUACACAUCGGAAAAUUCGAUCAGUUCAAAUUUCCGUUGUAAUGUACAGUACGAUUCGGUAAUAGGAACCAAUAAAAGAAAUAUGGUUAUCAUUAAUUUCACAUGAAAAUGGAAUAGACGGAAUCAUUUCCGUUUGUUGGAACGAGUUUUCGAAAUGGUGCUUAAAAUUGUUCUUGCUAUUUGAAAUGUUAUUUCACGUGUAUCCGAUAGUACGCCUAUCUUACAGCUCGGCCGAAGUUCGACGACACAUACGAAUAUUAAAAUUAAAUGCGAAGAGAAAUAAGAGGGGAAAAGGACGACAAGAGCGCGAAUACGCGUGUAUGAGAAUAUUUUUUUGAAAGAUUCGAAUGCGGUCCGUGCAGAUUGCGUGUUGUAACGUUAAUUAUUUUAAU